AUUUUGUAUGUUGAAGCUUCUCAGCAAGAAGAAAGGGCCCUCUCAAUGUCCACUGUGCAAGAAUAAUAUAACCAAAAGAAGCCUUCGAGAAAGUACAAGAUUUAAUCAGCUGGUGGAAGGACUGCUGAAAACCAUUCGUGCUUUUGAGCUUGACACGGGAUUCCAAUUUUCAGAUACUCAGGAUUUUUCAAAAUGGGAGAAGAGGACUCCUGAGCCUCUAAAGAAGGAAGCUGCUACCAUUCAAAGUGUGGGCUACAGAAACCGCUCAAAAAGAUUCAGAGCCAGUGAAUCAGAAAAUUCAACCUUGGAAUCCAGUCUUGGCGUCCAGCUCUUUGACCUUGGCAUCAGAAAAGGUUCCCUGAAGAAGCAAAAGAAAUGCAUUAAAAAUAAUGCUGUCUACAUCAAGUUAGGAUCUGAUUCUUCUGAAGAUAGUGUGAAAAAUGCAAUCUGUAACAGUGUUGAAGACAAAGAAUUGUGCCAGACCUCACCACAAGGAACCAGACUUAAAGUCAGAUUAAAGCCCAGGGAAAAGGUUGAAUAUGAGUUAUCUGAGAAGGCCAUAAAGAGCCUACCACAGCACCAAUCUGACACUGAAAAUGUCAUCAAGGAGAAUGCCACUGAGGGGCAUUCAGAGGCGUCUCGGGGUGUUUCUUCCUCAGACUUGAAUAUGGAGCCAUGGGACACAGACAUGCAUGCCAGCUCAUUACUACCUGAGAUCACCAGUGUAUUGCCUAACACAGACAGCAUGAACAUAGAAAAGGCUGAACUCUGUGAUAAAAGCAAAAGGCCUGGUUUAGCAAGGAGCCAGAUCAGGCAGAUUGAGAGUAAGGAAAAAUGUAGUGCUGGGAAGACCCCAGAUGCAGAGGAGCCACAUGAGCUGAAUGCCCAUCAUCUGUAUGAGAGGCAAGAACUAGAGGAGCAGCCAGAGUGCCCCAAGUACCCCAGAAGAAAUCCUCAAAACUGCUUGUCAGGAACCAAACUGAAAAGCAGUAUUCAGAAAGUUAAUGACUGGUUAUCCAGAAGUAAUGACAUUUUAGCCUCUGACUACUCCUCUGUUAAGAUCCAUGAACAGAAUGCAGAGACAGCUAGUGUCUUAGAAGAUGGGCAUCCAGAUAUUACAGAUGGAAAUUCUAGUAUUUCUGGGAAAACUGACUUGGUGGCUGACUCUACUGAUGGUGCCUGGCUACAUAUGUCUGAAAGAAGCUGCCCCAAGCAGGCAGAGAGCAACAAUAUUGAAGACAAAAUAUUUGGGAAAACCUACCAUAGAAAAUCAGUUCACACUAAUUUGAAUUAUGUAACUGAAAACUUGGUUGUUGGAGCUGUUGCUUCUGAUUCUUUGAUCCCUUCAGAGCCUGUCAAAAAAACCAGGUUAAAGCGUAAGAGAAAGACCAUCUCUGGCCUACAGCCUGAAGAUUUCAUCAAGAAGACACACACUGAAUUUAUUCACAAAUCCUCUGAAAAGAAAAUUCAUGCUGUUGACCAAAUUCUAGAACAAGAACAAAAUGGCCAAGUGAUGAACACGGUUAAUGGUCAUCCCGAACAGAAAGCAUUAGUAGAUGGUCAUGUAGAGGAAGUGAAAGAUGCUCUGGCAUCAGAACUGCUCUCUGUGGAGAAAGAAUCCACUUUCAGAACUGGAACAGACUCCACAGCUGGCAGCACAAACUACGGGGGACUCAAAUUAAAUGGUAGAGAUGCCAAAAUGACAAAAAAGGACAAGCUGAGGAAGAAGCCUUCAGCCAGGAUUGUCUGUGAGCUUGAGCUCGUAGUUGAUAAAAACCCAAGCUCUUCUAAUGAGACUGAACUACAGAUCGAUAGCUAUCCCAGUAGUGAAGAGAUAAGGAAGGAAAAUAAUUCUGAACAGAAGCAAAUCAGACGCAGCAGAAGGCUUCAGCUGCUGUCAGAAGAAAUUGCAAUGGCAACCAACAAGGCCUAUGAGCCAGAUGAACAAGCAGAAAAAAGUUGUGUCAAUGAAGUUUUCCCAGAUCUAAAAAUGGGAAAUACACCUGUCUGUGCUACUACUGUCAGUCUCACUACUGAUAGUGAUCAAAUGUUAGCUAGCUGCAGUGUCACUGAAGAAGGAAAUGAAAAGAGCCUGGAAGCAAUCCAAAGCAGCAGAGACCAAGAGGAUCUAGCAGUAAGUGGAGGGGAAGGAUCACAAGGCCAAAGAGCCAAAGGAAACCUGGAGAUCUUGGAGGUUCCUGAUACUGAUUGGGACACUCAGGACAGUACCUCAUUGUUUACAGCUAAUACUCCACAAAAUUCAAAAGCAGGACCCAGUCCUCACAGAAGUCAAUGUGAAGUAAUGGAAACCCCCAAGGAACUCUUAGAUGGUUGUUCAUCUGAAAACACUGGAAGCACCACAGAAGAUUUGAGGAGCCUGAUAAGACAGGGAGUUAAAAAUGCCUCAGAGACAACCACAGAAAUAGAGGAUAGUGAACUUGACACCCAGUAUUUACAGAAUACCUUCAGACGUUCAAAACGCCAGACAUUUGCUCUGGGUUCCAGUCCAAGACGGGAAUGUAUGAAACCCUGUGUUAUCUCUCAGGCUUUAUGUCAGCCGGAUCUAGAUAAUGCCACAGAUUAUGGGGGCCAGGAAAAAGAAAAACUGGGAAAAAGAGAAUCCAACAAGCCCGUGCAAGCAAAGUCUGCAGUCAUGAGCUUAGCUGCAGUUUGUCAGACAGAGGAGAGGAAGCCAAGUGAUUGUGCCAGUGUCUCCAGGCUUUGUCACAUAGAACCAUUGUAUGGUGGCAAUGACUGUGAAUUCAUUGCUGGAAACAACCAGGAAAUUUCACAAGUUCCUAAUCAAAAGCAAUCAGUUUCUCUAACAGGAUCAUCUGCUAGUAAAAUUAUAUAUACAAAAAAUCUCUUGGAGGAAAGGCUUGAUGAACAGGCCACAUCCCCUGAAACAGCUAUGGGAAAUGAAAGCUUAGCCCAAAGUAGCUUAAGUCCAGUUAGCCCAAAUAACAGCAGAGACAAUAUUUCUAAAGUAGCUGACUUAAACAGAUUUAUUGGCAUAGGCUCUAGUGGAGAAGGCAGUCAAGUAGAAAAACAUAAAACCAAAAAAUCUGAAUUAAAUACACUACCUAAAUUAAAGCUUGUGCAACCUCAAGUCUGUCAACAAAGCUUUCCUCAGGAUAACUUUAGCAAAGAGCCUGAAAGAGAAGAGAAAGAAGAUAAUGUAAAAUUAGCUCAGGCUAUUAGUGCAGAUUCAUCUCCAUGUUUUGAACAAACUAAAGAGAAUACACAUUUUACUCAGGUUUGGUCUGAGACUCCUGACUUGUUGGACAGUGAUGGUGAAAUUAAAGAAAACACUAGCUUUGCUGAAAGUGAUAUCAAAGAACAAUCUGCUGUUUUUGGCAAAAAUGGUAAAAGUUCUCAAGUAAGAAAAUCUAGAAAAAACCUCAGCCCUUUAGUACAUAGAAAUCCCAGUUUGAGUUGGAAGUCCCGAAGACAAGCCCGGAAACUAGAGUCCUCAGAAGAAGAAGCCUCCAGUGAGGAGGGAGAGCUUCCAAGUUUUCAAGACUUAAUAUUUGGUAAAGCAGCAAGUACACCUUCUCAGCCUACCAAAAAUAAAAACACUGCCAAAGAGCUUUCAGCGAAUGAGGCAGAAGAGAAUCUAGCCUUCCUAAACAGAGAUAGUAUGAGUGCUAGCAAUCUUCAGAUACCAUCUGGGGAGGCAUCCCUAGAUCAUGAUUCAAGCCAAGAAUCUGAAUGUUCUGGUAGCUUAUUUUCUUCACACUCUAAUUCAUUAGAAGACUUAGCUGGGAAAGCAAAUGACAAGGAUUCUGCUUUGGUGUUUGGAACAAGUCAUCCCAGAACCCAAGAAGUCCAGAGUGGGAGUGAAAUGCCCAAGGUUUUCCAAGAUAAGGAAGAAAGGGAAACUGACCUAGAUGAAGACCAUCACCCUAAGGACCAGAGCAUGGAUUCAAAUUUAGGUGAAUCUGGGUCUGGGUAUGACAGUGAAACAAGCCAUCCUGGAGACAUUUCACAGCUCUCGUUUCAGAGUGAUAUUUUAACCACUCAGCAAAGGGAUACCAUGCAAGACAACCUGAAAAAACUCCAACAGGAAAUGGCUGUCCUAGAGGCUGUCUUGGAGCAACACGGUAGUCAAGUUGCCAGCAACUCUGAUUCUCAGGAUCCUGGGCCGUGCCCUUCCAUGGACCAGCCAGACUUGAAACAGACCAAUUCAGAAAGAGGAGCAGAGGAAAAUGUUGACCAUCACAAAAGUCAAAAUAUGCAGAUCUUUUCAGCAGACAAAUCCCAAGCAUUUCCAGGUGAUUCCAGAAGCAAAAAUGAAGAAGCAAGAGUUGGAGGAUCUUCUCUUUCCAAGUCCCAAAUGCCGAAUAGGGGUUGGAACCCACUCGGCCGCUCCAGGAUUCCUCGGGAAGGAGACUCCCCUUCUAAAGAGAGUGGUAGGGUGGCUGCCGGAAAGGAAGAACACAAGCGGCAACCCAAGGAACAGGGUGUGCGGAAGCAAAACCUAGAAACAAACUCUGAGCCAGAAUCUGGAAUCAAAGUAAACCCUAAGAACAUCAAAUCCAAUCCACGUCAAAAUAAGGAACCUGCCCUAAGAGAUAUCCUCAACCUGCCCACCUCAACUUCUGCACUGAGGUCAUGCCAGCUUCAGACCAUAGAAGCUACCAACACCACUGCUCCUGAUGCCCCCACUUGCAAUGUGAGGGGCCAGCUGAAGGAGGAUUCUGCCUCAGAGAGGGUUAAAAAAGGAGGGACAGGCCACCGAAAGAUAACCCUUGUGUCAUCGGGUUUGACUCCCAAAGAACAUAUGCUAGUGCAGAAGUUUGCCAGGAAAACCCACAGCAUUGUAUCUCAUCAAAUUACUGAAGGGACCACUCAUGUCAUAAUGAAAACAGAUGCUGAGUUUGUGUGUGAGCGGACCCUGAAGUACUUCUUGGGCAUUGCAGGAGGGAAAUGGGUAGUCAGUUUUCUGUGGGUGGUGCAAUCUUUUAAAGAAGGAAAGAUGCUGCCUGAGUAUGACUUUGAAGUCAGAGGAGAUGUCAUCAAUGGGAGAAAUCACCGAGGCCCAGAAAGAGCAAGAGAAUCUCAGGGGAUGAAGAUCUUCAAGGGCCUGGAAAUCUGUUGCUAUGGACCAUUUACAGACAUGUCAACAGAUCAGUUGGAGUGGAUGGUGAAGCUGUGUGGGGCCUCGGUAGUGAAGAAACCUUCCUCUUUGAGGUUCAGAGUGGGUUCUUUUCCAGUCGUGGUUGUGCAGCCUGAUGCCUGGGAAGAUGACAGCAGUUUUCAGGAAAUCGGGCUGAUUUGUGAAGCGCCUGUAGUGACCCGGGAGUGGGUGCUGGACAGUGUUGCCUGUUAUCAGCGCCAGGAGCUGGACACCUACUUGAUAUCCCAGACCUCCCCGAGCCUCUGCUGA